GAAGGUACCUCCGUCGAAGUAAUUGGUUUCCUUUCGUAGUCUGCUGUUUUUUCCUCUCCUUGACAUCGCCUCAAGAAUUACUCCUGCGCAACCUCAUCGCAUUGACCAUUCGUUGUUUUCCCCUCCUCAUUUUUGCACUCGGUAGCAUCCGUUGUUUGCUGUGUGAAGAAAAGAUUUAAAUAUUUGUUUAAUAGUUCACCGAGUCACGCCGGCCGCUACGCGGAACUUACACGUGACAUUUCCUUCCGCCCCCGAGUGUUGUGUAGAAUCGAUUGAGUGUUUUCUUUCCCCUUGACCUCCGUAUAUAUUGCUGUUGCACCUCUACGUAAACUCGCUUCCUCUCAUCGUCCAAAAAAUGGACCGCGUUCGUGUUCGCUACGUGCUCACCGGUGCAUGUCUGCCCGCCUACUCGGGCCGCGUCGUGCACGCCAUCGUAGCGUUACACCAGCCCGACGGUGCGCCGACGAGGAUCGGAGGCCUCAUCGAGCAGUUCCGUGCCAACUGGCCGGCGGACAUGCGGGAGCUGGCGGACUCGAUCGCCGCGGUGCCCAUCAAGGUGCUCAAGACCGGCCGCGUGCUGAACGACGAAGACGUUUUCGAGCAGCAGCUCAGCGCCGCGGAGAAGGAGACGUGUCGCGUGUCGGCGGAGGAGACGAUAGGCGACCACGCCGAGGAGCUGCAGAAGCCGUCCGUGGUGAUGCACAUGGUGAUUCAAAAGAAUCGCCCACCGGUGGAGGAAAAGUCGAAAAAGGAGAAGGCCAAGUCUAGUGCCAACUCGGACGGUGGCAACUCCGGGGAGGGCCGCGAGGCGAAGAAGAAUAGCUGCUGUUGCGUCAUGUAG